AUAUGGGAUUCAAAAAAUCUUCAUCUCGUUCACGAAUUUCCAAAAAAAAACCACAUUUUAACUCAUUGCGAUUUUUCUAGCGAUGGUUACUACUGUUUAACAUCUUGCAAUGGUUUCAAUGGUGAAGGCUGCGAGAUUACUAUGUGGGACAUAAGGCAGCAAAAGAUCAUUCAGGAAUAUAAGGGUCAUGAGGAAUCAGUAACAUGUGCUAAAUUUUUAUCGCAGCAUGUUGUUUCGAAGAAUAUUAUAGUCAGUGUAUCUGCUGAUCAAACCGUUCGAAUAUGGAAUAUUGAUGAUGGAAAUUGUUUGUGGAGUGAAAUGGUUUCCGCUGGCUCGGAUCUAUUGGCGUGUAUUGGAUUUGGCGAUGGGAACAUCGUUGUGAGUGGUUUAAAUGCGACAUUGUGCCAUAUACGCCUUCUUGCAAAAGCAGGUCGACCAUAUUUGCAGUGUAUUUCAAUGCAAACUGUUGCCCGAUGCAUUGAUCGAAGACAUUCAUAG